CAGAGUGAAAUAACAGAAGAGGAACAGCUGCUCAGUUCCUAUUAGCCCAAAGCGCCAAUUCACCUGGAGGGGCCUGAGCAACCGAGGCGUCCAGAGAGGACACUGAAAUGAAAAAGGCAUUCAUUGCAAUCCCUUACCAUACAUGCAGAGGUGCAGCAAUAAUCUGAAGGAAGUCACAGACACGUCUGCUUUGGCUUGACAGUCUCCAGAGAGGAAUUUGUCACAGCAGGAAGCGACAAACGGACAGAUACAAGGAAAUGAGCCGAGAGUCGCACACGACAACUAAAAUGCGAGCCCCUCAGCGGCACAUGAAAGGGCCGAGCCGCAGCCCCCUAACGGAAUGUGACGAGGAGCUGCCAGUUCUCACGCUUUGAUUUCUCUGGCUGCGGUGGUCUCCUGCGCCUCAUCUCCUUUCUCUUGUGCCCACAUCAACAUGAUAAACUAACAGAAGCUCCGAGGCCAGAAAGGAGAAGUUUGUCUUUCUCUCCCUCUCAUCAUGGCACGCCCAGCGGCUCCAAGCAGUUCCUGCCUGCUACGAGGCCGCAUACCUUUGUGUCGACACGCUGAGUCCCACCCCACACUCCACACUCACAGACCUCCGACACAAAGCAGAGCUCUCCAGUGUGUGGCUGCCAAGAGACCGAGGCACAGCCGGGACGCAGAUUGAUUGCGCCUUUAGAUUUCUUUUUUUUUUUUUUUUCACUUUUUAAGGGGAAAUCCAAAGGAGCCGCACUUGAAUGACUCGGGCAUAGCCCACCAGGAGUUAUGGAGUCACUCUGGGACUAUCAGUUCAGGAUUAUCAUGCUCGGAGAUUCCACAGUUGGCAAAUCGUCCCUGCUGAAGCGCUACACUGAGGACGUCUUCAUCAGCUUCAUCAAUCAGACGGUGGGGGUCGACUUCUACGUGCAGUUCUUCGAGGUGGAGCCGGAGGUCAAAGUCAAGCUGCAGUUCUGGGACACGGCCGGGCAGGAGAGGUUCAGAUCGGUGACGCGCUCGUAUUACCGGAACUCAGCCGGCGGGCUCAUAGUCUUUGACAUCACCAACCGAAGCUCCUUUGAGAGCGUGCGAGAGUGGCACAAGGAGGUAUCUGCCCACGUCCAGCCCCACAAGGUCAUCCUCAUGCUUGUGGGUCACAAAAGUGACUUGGAGGAGGAGAGAACGGUGACCCGUGAGGAAGGUGAAAAACUCGCCGCUUCUCUGGGCCUGCCGUACAUCGAAACCUCAGCCAAGACCAACAGCAAUGUGGUCGAAGCCUUUCAACAGCUCAGUGGCGCCAUCUACCAGGCCUUGCAGAGCGGGGAGCUGCACCUGCGCAAAGACUGGGAUGGAGUCAAGUGUGGAGCUGCUCGGGCUCAGGAGCUCAACGACACUCAGCCGGUGCCCGUGGAAGAGCCGACCAAGUCCUGCGCCUGCUAAGUAGUCAGCCGCUGCCAGGCUCCCUCUGAUAACACCAAAAUAACGCAUUCCAGUAUGAAAGAACGUAAACGAUAAAAAAUGGAGCCGCUUUAAUGGAAUCUUUGACCUCUGGAGACUGCAGAGUAGACCACAAGAUAGCUGCCGUGCGGGUCAUUUUGAAACGGCUCAGGAGAGCCGAAGCAACCUCAACAGAUGAAGCCUUGGCAUUAGGGUGGCAGCGAAAAGAAAAGAGCAAAGAAAAAAAUGAAAACUAAGCCAUGAGAGGCACAACUGCGUCUAGUCCAGUGGCGGCAGUGAGGCCAUGCGGGGCGUCUAGAGCCGCUGACCCGAUGAUUCAGGGUGACUGUGAAAUCUCAAAACGAUCUCAGAAGAUAUUGGACUUUCACUUCUGCAAGGUACAGAUCAGUCAACAAGGCCGGAGUGCAUGGCGAGUGAACGGCUCUGCAAGUGCAGCUUCCUGGACUGCCCGUCGCUGCCAUGGCAUCAAUCAGCUAGGAAAACGAAUAAAAGGAAGCCGACAGGGUCUGUUGGUUGCUUCCUCUCACACCCAAUCUGGGCCAAUUGGCUCCAAGGCUGCAUUUUUUGGAUUUUUAAGCCUUGCGUUAAUUUAUUAUUUUUUUUACCAGCUUUGGUUUCUGUGCUCAGAAACUCUUUUCUUGGGUUAAAGGUCUGCUUUACUCAUUUUUUAGCCUGGCGCCUUCAGUGGCUUCGGCUGCUCUGCAGGGUCAUUCCAGUGUUUCCGUCACGUCCCUAUUUAGCACAAGUUAUUUUACUGCAAUGUUUAAAAUGCUUCUGCUGAGCUCAAACAUCUAGCUUUAAAAAUGUCCUAGUUUAGAAAACUUGACGACUCUCGUCUUUUUACUUCAAAAUGACAAAGGUGUUUAUUUUAUUGUGAGAAUUACAAAACUACAUUCUCCCAACUUAGCUGUAGAAUUGUGCAUUGUUUCGGUUAUCACCCUAGAGGAAGACAAAGUUUUGUUUGCCCAUUUUGUUAUGGGGCACCUCCCUUGUAUAUACGCGAAUCAUUUUCCUUAAAUUAAUGAGCAAUCUUGUCAUUUCUUAGUAUGUUGCAUAUUAUUCAAAUCGCCCUGUUAAUUUCAGUUUUUCUGUAGUAUUAUCUGUACGUGCAAUGUUGAGCAACAUUUGCUGUUGUGAACGUUGUUUUUAUAAUUUAUCAAGGACUGUUACAUAAAAAUAAAAGUUUAAAUUCAAACUCUAGAAUUCCACUAUUUAAAGUCAUUAUUAACUGAAAUUUAAUUUAUUCUUGUAAAGCACUCUUUAUUGAGUGUAGGCUCAAAGCAUACAAGUCGACAGGACUAAUACAAUUACAAAUGACCAAAGCCAUAAUGCAUACACAUGAAGAUACAAAUCAGUUAAAACAAACAGUACGGCUGCUCAGGUUGCCUCUCGGUGUGUAACGAUAGUCUGCUUUUAAGGAGGUUUUAGAGUUUUUGAGCUGAGGAAAAAUCACCGGUGUCUGUUGGUUUGCCUCCUGAACUCCUUUCCGUUUUUCGGGAACAAUUUCAACCUCCAUAUGUGCAGAUGCUGAACUCUGCUAUCCCCUCCUCCAGACUGAACCCCUCAGAUAACUCAGUUUAGAUAGGCGACAAUGUAGGACGAUUAGACAGACAUGAAAUAAUGGCGCUGGGGGAAAAGUGUAUUGUAUCCGCCCGUCAAGGGUGCCCCAUGGUUUACCAAUAAAUAAAUAAAAUCCUACACAGAAAAAUUGAUAAUGUAAAACUCAAUAAAGCAGUUUUAAAUUAUUUUAAUGGACAGGUACUACGUACCGUUGCAAAUAAAGCAUAAUUACUUACACAUCUUUACAGUUUGUUCCCAUUUCGUUAGAAAUUCUUGAGCAUUUUGGAAUAUCUUCUGUUACAUUCUGAACGACAUGUCAGUCGGUAACUCUAGUUUUUCGGGAAGGAAGGUGCGUCAGUCAGCCAAUCGAGUAACAGGGAUUUCUUUUACCACAGCCAUGCAGCCAAUCUGGAGGCAAAGUUUGCGAGUGGG